GUAAGAGGGCCGGGCCGGCGCGGACGGAGCCGCCACGUGCGGGGGGGGGGCGGGCACGAGGCGCGUGUGGGGGCACGCGGCGGGGACGUGGAGCCGUUAGCGGCCGUUGGCCGUUCCUCAGCGCCCGGGUGCUGCCGCCCCUCUCGCCCCUCAGCCCUGCGGGAGCCUUGGAAGCUCCCCGCGCCCUGUGAGGCGGCUGGGAAAGGCGCUGCGCGUGUGCGCACGGUAUGUUCGCGCUCCGUCGCGGGGCUGGGGAGUUGCAUCACGGUCACCCCUCGUACGUGUGAGGGAAAAGCAGGCCGUCACUGCUGGUCGCUUUUUACAGGAAGUAGUAGAGAAUGUCUUUUCGUGGGAGAGGAGGUGGAGGAGGAAGAGGAGGUGGCUUCAAUCGUGGAGGAGGUGGUGGUGACAGAGGUGGCUUUAAUCGUGGUGGACGAGGUGGCUUUGGACGGGGAGGUGGACGAGGAGGAUUCAACAGAGGUGGAUAUGACCAGGGACCUCCAGAAAGGGUAGUUUUAUUGGGAGAGUUCAUGCAUCCGUGUGAAGAUGAUAUUGUUUGUAAAUGUAAAACAGAAGAAAACAAAGUGCCUUAUUUCAAUGCCCCGGUAUACCUGGAUAAUAAGGAACAGAUUGGCAAAGUGGAUGAAAUCUUUGGACAGCUGAGAGAUUUUUAUUUUUCAGUGAAGCUGUCUGAGAACAUGAAAGCCUCUUCAUUUAAAAAGAUGCAAAAGUUUUACAUCGAUCCAGCAAAGCUGCUACCCCUUCAGAGAUUUUUGCCAAGACCACCUGGAGAAAAAGGUGCUCCCAGAGGAGGUGGUAGAGGAGGACGUGGUGGUGGACGUGGAGGAGGGAGAGGCGGUGGUAGAGGAGGAUUUGGAGGAGGAAGAGGUGGAGGACGAGGAGGAGGAUUCAGAGGAGGAGGAAGAGGUGGAGGAGGAGGAUUCAGAGGAGGAAGAGGUGGUGGAGGAGGCUUUCGAGGAAGAGGAUAUUAAAAAUGGAAGCACGAGUAUCUCUCCACUGUUACCAUAUCAUCUGCAGAGGUGAAGAACAAGGAAAAAUAUUUGUAAAGGACCCUGAAAAAGUUAUUUUUAUAAAAAACUUGAAGCUGUAAAAUGACAGUUAUUUUUACAUUUAAUGACUGUUGUUCAAUACAUGAGGAGAGUGCAGCCCCAGGCGAGGAACUGAAGACUGCUCAGAAUAUACUUGAACUUUUUAAAGUAAGCCAGGAUUCAAUGUUACUCUUUAACCAUUUGUUUCUGACAAGUGACAGAGUCAGUGCUUGACUUCAUGUUGGAGCUUGGAGUAAACAAUCAAUUGAAGUGUUUUUUCAAAAAACAUUGCGGGUUCACUACAUGCACUUUGUCAGUAUGAACCUGUUACCUAUGUAUGACUGAUCCCUCGUUCUCAUCCUCUGUAUUGAAUCUUCUGGAUUGCUCUAAAGUGGAUAUGCCAUUUAAACAACCUUUGUGAACCUUUUUUUACAAACUAAACUUCAAAAUUUUGUGUUGAUGGAAUGUUUUUGUACCUAAUAAUGUAUAAAAUGAAGAUAGCAAAGGUUCUUUUGUGGAUUUUUCUGUAUUUCUCUGUGGAUUUUUCUCAAUGAAAGCCAAAGUCAUUAAGACAUGUUCUUCUUAGAAGCUGCUAUCUAAUGAAUAAGACAAGAUUAA